AUGAGUCGAAAGGAUGCCAUGCUGGCGCUCGAGCUCAGAUUGAGCGCAUUAGAGAGCCUCAUCGGUACGGGCAGAGUGGAGAGGCCGCUAGCAGACCUACAAAGUCAGCUGGCCGAGCUGGCUGGUACUCAUGAUGACAUUGCCAACUAUCUGACCGUCUCUACAGACGACAGCAACGCAGCCUUGCUUGAAGCCAGCUUUGCAGCGCAGCAGCAGCUGCCGGCAAGCCUUUCGCUCGCCGGCAAAGCCUCAGUCGUGACCGAAGCGGAGCAAGACUUGCGCGAAACAGAGCGCUCUCUGCGCGAGAUCGAGACGCAUGCAUCUCGAGACGUGCACGGUCAAGGCCAGCUUGCCCGCCAUACACCCCUCAAAGCGUCUCUUGAGCGACUUGGCUUGACAGACCUGCCUGACUGCACGAGGAACUGCGAAGGACAGGAAGCUCGUCUGUCGGACUUGCUGCAUCGCUUCGAUCGAUAUACUGAGAUCGUCUCGCAAGUCUUUGUACACUGGAGCGACUUGCUCGACACGCUCGAAAAGCAGCAUGCCAAGCCAUAG